GUUAGCGGAGUCCGUGCGGAAAUCUAAGAGCUCCACUCUUGAAGAAGAGAUGACGUGUAACAGUCCAGAUAACUCUGAAGCUUGUGCCACUCCAGAUUGUGACCAUGACCAAGAGAUGGCUGAAGAGUACUCCAGACUGAGGACUUUUGCCAACUUUCCAAAUUGUUGUCCUAUUUCAGCAUCAACACUAGCACGAGCUGGCUUCUUUUAUACAGGAGAGGGAGACAAAGUGAAGUGCUUCAGCUGUCAUGCAACUUUUGAAGGGUGGGAGCAUGGAGACUCAGCAGUUGGAAGACAUAGAAAAAUUUCCCCAAAAUGCAAAUUUAUUGCUAGAUUUAAUUUUUUAAAAAAAGAUAUGCAUCCUGUUCUCCAAAACUGUCAAUGCAGAGUUGAAAAUUGUUCCGGAAAUUCAACCCUCCAGUGCUCUUUUGACAGAUCAUCUGAUCUCAGUCCAGAUUACCUUUUGAGAACUGGGCAGGUUGUGGACAUGUCAGAUAGUAUGUACCCCAGGAACCCUGCUAUGUGCAGUGAAGAAGCUAGGUUAAAGUCUUUUCACAACUGGCCAGCCUAUGCUCCAUUAACACCGAAGGAGUUAGCCAGUGCUGGGCUGUAUUACUCAGGUGUUGAUGAUCAAGUGGAGUGCUUUUGUUGUGGUGGAAAACUGAAAAACUGGGAACCUUUUGAUCGAGCGUGGUCAGAACAUAAGAGGCAUUUUCCUAGGUGCUUUUUUGUCCUGGGCCAUGAUGUUGGAAAUGUUGGAAGUGUCCCAAAUGAAUCUAAUUUUGCUGAGGUUUGCAGGAGUGGCUUAAACAAUGCAGAUCACCCAAGAAAUCCAUCUAUGGCAGAAUAUGAAGCACGGCUCAAGACAUUUGUGACUUGGAGAUACUCAGUUGUUAAAGAGCGACUUGCUGAAGCUGGGUUCUAUAGUAUAGGUAAUGGUGAUCAUGUUUUGUGCUUUCACUGUGGUGGAGGACUGCAAGAGUGGCAGCAGAAUGAAGACCCUUGGGAGCAACAUGCUAAAUGGUUUCCAGGAUGCAAAUAUCUGCUACAAGAGAAGGGACAAGAAUUUGUAAACAGUGUUCAGUUAACGCCUUUAUCGAGGGAUUCCACAAUAGAAUCUUCUGAGAAGACAUCGCUCCUUAUAGAUGAUGAUCUCCUACAAAACCAGUUGGUACAGGAUGCCAUGCGUAUGGGUUUCAGUUUGUCUGAGAUUAAGAACAUUAUGGAGCAGAAACUGCAGACAUAUGGAGAAAACUAUACAUCUGUUGAGGUCCUAGUUUCAGAUAUAAUACAUGCUCAAAAAGAAAACGUACAGGAAGAAGUAUCCAGUGAGAGCUCACUACCGAAAGAUCUGAGUACUGAAGAGAAGUUAAAACGUUUACAGGAGGAAAAGAUGUGUAAAAUCUGUAUGGAUAAAGACAUCUCAGUUGUUUUUAUUCCCUGUGGCCAUCUGGUUGCUUGUAAAGAAUGUGCUGAAGCAGUUGAUAAAUGCCCUGUGUGUUGCAUGGUUAUUACAAAAAGACAGAAAAUAUUUAUGUAUUAGUCAUAUGUACAGUGCUGUUUGUGCAAAUGUUUGCUGUUACAUUGUUUAAAAUCACUGUAAUGCAAUAACAAACAGUUGGGAUGUUCAGCACUGUAGCACACAAAUAUAUUUAUUGAGAGUCUAAAGUUUUGAGAUAAUAAAAACAAAGCUUUAGUCAGUGCCCAAAAAGCUCAUGAACUGACAGUCAGAAGCUGCUAAACUUGUGCUUAUAGCUCUCACAUUUAACUGCAACCUCUUCAUUCCUCUCCAGUUUGUCCCUUCACUUUAAUUGAAGUGACAGAUUAGAAAUUCUUCACUAUGACAGUCUCCUAUUUUAUAUAUAUAUCUGAGUAUGCACACCUUUCUAAUUUGUUGUAAAGUGCAUAAAUUAAGUAUAUUAUUCACUCGUAUACAAUAGCAUGGGCAAACUGAAUGAUCUGACUGACUAUAAGCUGUGCUGCUAAUAACAAUGUUGAUUGGAAUUUGUCAUCUGAUCUCACUCUCUUUACCUCUGCCAAGUUUUCAGAAAGGGUAUGGGUAAUAAACUAUAAAAUGGAGGUGACAACAACAACAAAAAAUCCAGCCAUAUUUUUGUUAAAUAAAAUUUUAGCAAGAUUAAUAUUAUUCAAAACUAGAAUAGUAAGGUUUAGCGCCUAUGAAGAAGGCAGAUGUUUGUGGGUUCAGGAAUGGUGACAUUUUAGUGAGAGAAAUAAAUAGCUAAAAGUUUAUGUAGUUUUGUUUUUAUGUUGACUGUUUUAGUGACUAUCUAAUCUCUUAAAUGGGUUAAGCCCCUUUCUAACUCAGUAAAACAUUAGUUCUACAAAUUACUUUUCUUAUAGGGAAAAUGGCAUCUUUUAAAAUCUCCUGACCUUUUCUGAACCACUAAAAUGUACAAAUUAUUUAAAAAUUAUUCACGACAGAAAAAUUACAAAAACAUCAUCCCUAUGUUUCUCUUCUUUCAAACAAGUUUCCCCUUCCAAGCAUACAUUAGUCUUCCCUAGUCCAGUACAGUAUGUAUUUUAAAAAUUGACGAAUUUCACUUCCACCUUUCAUUUCAACUAAUUAUAUUCUUGUCAUUUACGUAUCAUAGAGUUACAUUCCAGCAGCAAUGUUUGUUACACUAAGUCCAUUUAUUUCUCCAUCUCUGACUGCCUUAAGGCUGAUCUUUUCUAGCCCAAAAACUGAAAGGAUCCUUAAAUUAUCACAAAAGUAUCCCCCAACCCACCCCGUCUUGCAGGCUCACAGUUGUAACAUGUCCUUUCUAUAACCCCCUCCCAAACAGGGAUAAGCUUGGUCCUAUUUCAAAAAGCCAAAAUAAAUAUAAACACUGCAUAGCAAGAAAGCGCUGUCGUCCAGAACUUUUUUGCUAGAUUGACGCAUAGGAAAUUCCUUGAAAAUGAAUAUAAACUCUAAACUAUUUACAUUGCCCUUUGAAGAAUCAUAGUCAGCUUGCAUAUAAGAAAGAUUUUAAAUAACAUUGCUUAUAUAUAGUAUCAAAUGACAUUGUCUAAAGCAGUAUUGUGAUGACCUAUUAUACUGUAAUAACUCUCGGCAUUGUUUGAGCUGUCUCUCUACCAGGUUUUCCAGUAGAACUAUAGACCUGGCUACAGAGUCCGAUGAGAACUCUCAGCACCUUACAAGAUCAAAUAACUCACAUUUAUUAUCAGAAUAAAUUGAGGAUUCUCAGCAUCUUGCAUGAUCACAUUUUGGGGAGGGAUUUAUUGCAAUUACAAAUGUGAAAAAUAAAGAGCAAUUACAAUUAAUG